GCCCCGCCCCUUCCCCAUUGACCCCCGUCAUGGCGGAGCGGCGUGCUGCUGCUGCUGAAGCUGAACCCGGUAGCCGGGACCGGCGUGCGCGGUCCUCGUCCCUCUCCUCCUCCUCCUCGUCCGGGCUCCUCGCCGCAGCCGCCUUCUGCUGCUGCCUCGCGCUGCUGCUGCUGCCCGGCGUGGCCGUGGCCAGGAAGGCAGGCGAUGGCAUCGAGGUUGAGAACGGGGUGGUGAGCAUCCCCCUGGAACACUCCUUUGAAGUUGACGGCUCGGUGCAGUUCCGACGACGCGGGACGGUGAUUUGGCGUCCGCAGCGUGAGCACGCGGUUUCCAUCUCCCAGCCGCCCUUCAGCGAUGACGAGAGGAACAAACUACGGGAAGUGGCGGAGGUGGAUGGUCUGUACCGGAUCCGUCUGCCCAUCCCCAUGGGAGGAGACGGGAGCUCGACAGAGUACGUCUUCACAUUCGUGAGAGCCUGCGCCCUGCUGGAGGCCCAGCUGUCGGACUUGCUCACACUGCACCUGGACGCGGUGGGCGCCAUCGCUGGCAUCUCCCUCGAGGUGGUGCCCGGCGGUUGCCACGGCUACGAGGUCGAGGACGUGGACCUGGAGAACUUCAACACGACCUUGACCGUGACGACGCCGGUCGUCCUGCUAGGACCGGAGACCGCGUCGUACAUACAGCGCCUGGAGCAGGAGCAGGCGCAGAGGACCAAGAACCCACAGGAGCAGAAGUCGUUCUUUGCCAAAUACUGGCAUCUCAUUUUGGGCGGUGCCGUUUUACUGAUGGCGACCGGGGCCGUUAAACCACCGCCUCCCCCGGAGGCCUAGUAUGGCUGCAGAGCGAGGACGGAGCGAGUGCCUUGGAUGUACAUAAUCCCCAUAGUGCUCUUCUUGAUAAUGUCGGGAGCGCAAGACCCCGGCAACCAGGGAGGCGGCGGCGGCGGUGGAGGCGGCGGCCGGGGAUGACAUCCUUUGCACUGCUCAAAACACUCGCAGCCAUGUGCAUGCACAUCAGCAGACACCAUCAAUUCAGCCUGUGGAUUCUGUGCAAGAAUGUUUAUACUCACGUGUUAUAGACUUGAUCAUCAUCCCACUCCAGAUGUGCAAAACAUGGAUACAUAAAAACUCACAAGAUGUGUACACAAUUUACACAACGGGACAGGCAUUCAAAUAAGUUCAUAUUUGGGCUAUGACUUUAAUUCGAUUAUGGAUUGUUUUGUAUUUUGCGAAUGAGCCUUGCCAGCACUGAAUUCAGUACAAGUAAUACAUACGACCCAAAAUUGUGACAAUUCAUCGAGUCACAAUCCUUCUUAAUAAGAAAUCUAAAUUGUGAGUGAGGCAAGUUGUUACUUGCCUUCGAAACACGGCGACUUGCUAAAAAUAGAGCAGUUGCAGACAUGUACAGUUUCACACAUGGGACACCAUAAAUAUCCACGAGACCGGAAACACCAAUUCACGCGUGUGUAUACUCAAACAUUUCAGGUAUGUACACGUGUAUAUGCAGUAAUGCGCACAAGACACCAUAACGCAUAAAUGUGGACAACUGGUGGUAAACAGUUUAAGUCUGGAUACAAAUCUGAUUCUGAACCUAAGGGUGUUUGCAUAUCCGAUGGGCUGACAGUGGAGUCCCAUAUGAUCAGGAUUGUAUAUUUACUGUAAGCUUAACCAAUGUAAUUUAUUAGUAAUCUAUAUGAAGCAAAGUAAUAAACUAAAAUAAAUUUGAUGUGUUAAUGUCCAGGCAGGUAUGGAAUAUGCAGUAACCUUAACUUCCCUAGCAUUGAAAAUGUCUGAAAAAAUAGGUGUUUUUAACUUCUGGAAAAGUCUGAAUGGGCUGAACAUUAAUGAUUUUUUUUACACUGGUGAUAGCUUGAUCAAUGGUACCAUACAUAGUCUGAUUCAGUUCCAAGAUAUCUGAUUUCAUGGCCGAUCUAAUCUGUUCUGAAUAAACACGCAGACAUCCAAACAAAGUCAUUUACACAUGUCCAGACAUGCUGUUACUCAAUACAAUUUUAAUUCUGUAAAUGCACAAAACAUGGCUGAAUUAUCCACAACAAUUUAAAAUAAAUAUCAAUUCAAAACAGA